UCUCUCUGUCUCUCUCUCUCUCUCUCUCUCUCUCGCUCGCUCGCUCUUUCUGUGUGUCUCGCUCUCUCUCUCUCUCUCUCUCUCUCUCUCUUUCUCUUUCUGACCCUGCAGCAGCAGCAGCAGCAGCAGCAGCUCCAUCAUCACGACUAACUUGAUUUAAAGCAGCUCGGCUCAGGCGGACUGUCCGGAUGGAGAGCGGACUGGUCACUUAAAUCCUAUCAGCACCUGUGUACCUGUCUCGUGGACUUGAACGGCAUCGGGGAAUGAUGCUACUCUAGUUUUUUAAAAACCUUUAAAGGAGCUCAGUCAGGAGUCUAACUCUGGAGAUAUGAGUAUUAACAGCAUUGUGUCGCGCGCACAGUCAGCGUGAAUUGCUAUGGUGAUACUACAAGCUAACCCCAAGCUAACGGAGGGAUUGUUUUGGGGAAUAACUUUUUGAAAAACUCACACACUGACACAUGAAUUAGAGGCUUUUUUUGUUGCUGUGAUUAAGCUGGAACACAAAGGGGAAUGUCUAGCCAAGGAGUUAGGAGAAAUGGCCCAGUGAAGCUGCGGUUGACAGUCCUGUGUGCAAAGAACCUUGCAAAGAAAGACUUCUUCCGGUUACCAGAUCCUUUCGCCAAAGUGGUGGUGGACGGCUCAGGACAAUGCCACUCAACCGAUACUGUGAGAAACACGCUGGACCCGAAGUGGAAUCAACAUUAUGAUCUAUACAUUGGAAAGGCAGACUCGAUCACCAUCAGUGUGUGGAACCACAAGAAGAUCCACAAGAAGCAGGGUGCAGGUUUCCUGGGGUGUGUACGUCUCCUGUCCAACGCCAUCAACAGACUCAAAGACACUGGCUAUCAGAGACUUGACCUGAAUAAGCUCGGUCCCAACGACAAUGACACUGUGAGAGGACAAAUAGUCGUAAGUCUUCAGUCCAGAGAUCGUAUCGGCACAGGGGGGCCUGUGGUGGACUGCAGCCGCCUGUUCGACAACGACUUACCCGAUGGUUGGGAGGAGAGGAGGACGGCUUCUGGACGGAUCCAGUACCUGAACCACAUCACUCGCACCACCCAAUGGGAGAGACCUACCAGGCCGGCCUCGGAGUACUCCAGCCCAUCGGGGCGUCCGCUGAGCUGCGUGGUGGACGAGAACACUCCAGUAAUGACGCCUGUGAACGGGGCUGAGGCCAGUGGACCACCGGGGGAACAGCGGAUCCAGGAGAGACGGGUCCGAUCGCAGCGGCACCGUAACUACAUGAGCCGAACGCACCUGCAUACGCCGCCAGACCUGCCUGAGGGUUACGAGCAAAGAACGACUCAGCAGGGUCAGGUCUACUUCCUCCACACACAGACCGGAGUCAGUACCUGGCAUGACCCCCGGGUGCCCAGGGAUCUAAGCAAUGUGAACUGUGAGGAGCUCGGCCCGCUGCCACCGGGCUGGGAGAUCCGAAACACAGCCACGGGCCGCGUCUACUUUGUGGAUCACAACAAUCGGACGACACAGUUCACAGACCCGCGGCUGUCUGCUAACCUGCAUCUAGUACUCAACCCGAGUCCAAAUGGUUCCCGCGUGGCCAUGGAAAGCCAAAACACUAACCUCAGUCACCCGCCUCAGUUGAAGGAGCAGGGUGGUCCUGGUCCUGGGGGCCCUCCACAGGCUCUGUCCCCAGCCCAGCUGCCUGAAGAGGCAGAGUGCCUGACGGUGCCCAAGUACAAGAGAGAUCUGGUGCAGAAACUGAAGAUCCUGCGGCAGGAACUCUCUCAGCAGCAACCCCAGGCCGGCCACUGCCGCAUCGAGGUCUGCCGUGAGGAGAUAUUUGAGGAGUCCUACCGACAGGUGAUGAAGAUGCGUCCAAAGGAUCUCUGGAAGAGACUGAUGAUCAAAUUCAGAGGAGAGGAGGGGCUGGACUAUGGCGGGGUAGCAAGGGAAUGGUUAUACCUGCUGUCCCAUGAGAUGCUGAACCCGUACUACGGCCUGUUCCAGUACUCCAGAGACGACAUCUACACUCUACAGAUUAACCCCGACUCUGCUGUCAACCCGGAGCACCUGUCGUACUUCCACUUUGUGGGUCGCAUCAUGGGCAUGGCGGUGUUUCACGGUCACUACAUCGACGGCGGCUUCACUCUGCCCUUCUACAAACAGCUGCUGGGGAAACCCAUCACGCUGGACGACAUGGAGUCCGUCGACCCCGACCUCCACAACAGCCUCGUCUGGAUCCUGGACAACGACAUCACCGGCGUCCUGGACCACACGUUCUGUGUGGAGCAUAACGCCUACGGAGAAAUCAUCCAACACGAGCUCAAACCCAACGGCAAGAGUAUGCCCGUCUCAGAGGACACCAAGAAGGAGUAUGUCAGGUUGUACGUGAACUGGCGUUUUCUUCAUGGCAUCGAGGCUCAGUUUCUGGCGCUGCAGAAAGGCUUCAACGAGGUUAUUCCUCAGCACCUGCUCAAAUCCUUCGAUGAGAAAGAACUGGAGCUGAUAGUGUGUGGCCUGGGAAAGAUCGACAUCUCCGACUGGAAGUCCAACACGCGUCUGAAGCACUGUACCCCCGACAGCAACAUCGUCAAGUGGUUCUGGAAAGCCGUGGAGUCGUUCGACGAGGAGAGGAGGGCGCGGCUGCUGCAGUUUGUAACCGGCUCAUCGAGAGUUCCACUUCAGGGCUUCAAAGCUUUACAGGGUGCUGCGGGACCCAGACUCUUCACCAUUCAUCAGAUCGAUGCUAAUGCCAACAAUCUGCCCAAAGCCCAUACCUGCUUCAAUCGGAUCGACAUUCCUCCCUACGAGAGCUACGACAAGCUCUAUGACAAGCUGCUCACGGCCAUCGAGGAGACCUGCGGCUUCGCUGUGGAAUAACAUGAGAGUGUGUGUGUGUGUGUGUGUGUGUGUGUGUGUGUGUGUGUGUGUGUGUGUGUGUGUGUGUGUGUGUGUGUGUGUGUGUGUGUGUGUGUGUGCAGGACUAGAAUAUAACGGUCACUGCGGCGUGCUGUCUGACACUCUCAGAGCGUGAUUUGUGCGUCUAAGAGCGGCCUGCAGUCUUCCUCUUCUUUAACAGCUCUCUACACUCUUCCCUUUUCAAGAUCUGUUUGAACAGCUGCUACAGACUCUCCUGACCUUUUUUUAUUUUCAUUUAUUUGUUGUGCUUUUUCAUUAAUUUCCUUUUUUUUUGUUUUGGUAUUUUUGUGAACAAUUUGUGUUUAAUACAGAGAGUAACUAAAAAGCUGCAUCAGCGGUUUUUAAGUAGACUGUUUGUUUUUGAAUUCAGAACGAGGAACAUCUCACUUUGAAUCAGGACGCAGGUGAUGACGAACGUACAACCUAGAGGUGCACCGAUUGAGCAGUUGGUGACCGGCAUUGAACUAUUUUCAGUCUUUUGGGGUCGAGAUCUGUGAACGGCAGAUCCUCUCAAGUAUAUCUGAUUCUGUGCAGAACUCAGAUUUACACACACACAUCACAUGUUAUAUGCACAGCGACACACAAACACUAACACAACAGCCAAACACACACACACACAAGCUAACAUGUCAACAGAGCGUGGACAUGAGGUUCCAUCAGCAGAGGAUAAACAAAGAUUUCAGGCACUUGCUUCUCUUGCCUGAAAGUAUCUCUAACAAAAAUGUCUUUGCAUCAGCACCCCCCCCCCCCUCUCUCUUGCUCCUCAGCACUGGGGGAGCACAGUACAUAAAAUAACAAAUAUUAUCCAAUUAAUAAUCCUGUAAUAUUCUUUGUUCACGCUGCGACACUUAAAUGAUAAAACCUCAGCCUGUGAGCGUGAAAUUGAAAAAGUUUGAGCUUCCGUGAAACAAAUCACUUUGCUGGAAAUAUAACAGAUUAAUGCAUAUUGAUAAUAAAAACAAGAUUGAAAAAAUAGCAAAUGCCUUUUAAGAGGCAGCGAGAAAGAAAGAGGUAGACAGGGAAGAGACUGCAGGAAACAGUCACCAGUUGUUGUUGUUAUUUGUUUGGUAAUAAAUCGUUCCUUCAGGAGUCAGGGAGAAUGCAGCUGAAGAGAUUUAGCAGCUUUGGAGAUUUUUAAAAGUUAACCUGGGGGGCGGGCUUGAUGGCCGAUUAUGUUGCGCCCUGUGGGCUAUAGUCCUGAUCGCAUAAGACCUCAGCCCUUCGCUGCAUGUCAUUCUCCUCUGUGUCCUCUUUCACGUUUCCUGUCUCUCUUCAGCUGUCUUAUACAAUAAAGCCUAAGAGUUUUUUUUAUAAUGGACCUAAAAUUAAAUUCAAAUUAAAGAAAAAUUACAAAAAUGUUUGGUUUUGCUGUUAAUUAUCGAAUUAGACUUGACAGGUCAGACCUUGACUAAAUCUGGAAUCGGUGCAUCUCUAGUUCAAUCUCUUACAAAAGUGCAUAGUUUUCAAAUUCUCCAUUCAAGAGCAGUUUUCUGUUUUCAGAUUUAAAAAAAUGAUGGAAUGAAUCGAUCCUCGUGCUACUGAAUAUUUAUCACUGCAGAUAUCCUUCCCUUGUGUCGCCACCUCAACCUCGACUACCACACCUUCCAGUGCUCGUUGCCUGCACAUCUGGUCCGCUUCGUUUAGUAGGAGCAACACGUUUUCAUCCUACCUCAGUGUAAUGCUUUGAUACUUGCAGGAUUAAGUUCCAAAAACUCUUCAUAUUCUCUUUGAGGAAAGUCGAGAGCUCAUUAAGUCCAAAUUCAGGAUGGGAAAUUGUAAAAAAUGUUUUAGAGCAGCACUCCACAAUAUGUUCAAUUUUCAUUCCAGCAGCCCCUCUAUGACAGUGUUUUUUAGACGGUGAAUAUCUCGUUAUGAACAGAUCUCAGACUGGCUUGAAUGUGGGUCUGUAGUCGGGGGACGGGCUCUGGUUAAGAGGAAGAGAAUCAGAACUUUUCCCCCAAAUCACUGCAGUGAAGCCGCAGCUUUUUGUGAACACGUACGUCUCUGCAUGUGUAUGCCAUCAUCGUGUGCUUGUAUGAGAGGAAGGUCAAAGGUUUUUUUAUGGAUAAAUUCCCCGUCAUCUGUUCUUGCACAUUGUUUUUGUAUUUGGAGCUGCAGAGCUGAUGAAACCUCACAUUUUGAGCCUGGUUAGUCUUCCUUUUCUCGUUGCAUUUUUAUUUAACCUAAUCAAAUUACCUGGAAAAAGAAAAAGAAAAAAAGGGGGCACAUGGGACCAGGUUUGAUGCAAAAGCUGUUCCAGGCAGGCGUCCGCUUCCACUCACACUCUGUCUUUCUGUCACUUUUGAGCACUUUAAAAACUGAGCAGUGAUGCAGGAGUGCUUCCUCCACCUUCGAUUAAAGUACAUCAUGUUUCUUUUCCUGACAUUAGAAAUAUACAGAGUAAGAAGUAUCUAAACACCUGUAAUAUUUGGGUAUAUAUGUACAAACACAUAGCGAUAUUGUUGCUUGUUCUUUGUGUUCAUUUUAAUGCAAGCAUGUUGGUGUCUGCCACAGACCUUUCUGCAUUCUCAGGUAAAGUUGUCUUUUAAUGUUUUUCUUUUCUAUUUUAUUUUACAUUGAUUAUGCUCGUAUAAGUUGGGGGAGAGGGGUAUUAGCAAAACAUUUUUUAGAGACCCUUUUUUUUUAAACCCGUGAUGGAGUAGAAAAGGCAAAUGGACUCAUUUGCAGCGCUGGAGCUCUGUGUCACAACCAUAGACUGCAUACAGAUGGAUAACGCACCUCGACCUCUUCCUGGUGUGCAAAAGUGAAGCCAAAAUCCCACCUGUGACGGGCGAUGACAUACUGCACAUUUGGAGCUAGAGUCACAAGAAAUUAGCUAAACAAGGAAUCAAUGUAAUGCAACACAAAUUUAACUUACUGAGAAAACAUCCAAAAUCGCACAGGUCGGUACAAAAAUCUGUUCUGCUCACACCCGCCGUCAGGGGCGUGUCCAGACUUUUUGGACUGGGGUGGCCCAACUAGGGCACUGACUAGUGCACGGGUGGCCUGAAGUUUGUGUGCAUGAAUGAAGAGCAUUUACUUACCCCUUCUGUCUGCACUAACCACAUCGACUUUUAAGUUACACAAGGCCAUUGUAACAUUAUACAAGCUGCAUUCUUUAGGCACGUCCAAAGUCACAAUUUAAAACAAACAUCUGCACGCUGAAAACUACGAGCUGCCUGUUGCAACACAGCCUUAAUUGAGGAUUUUAACACAAUUCCCACCUCUGGCAAGGCAAACUGCCAAUCAUAGUAAAGGAUUUCGAGGGGCCGCAUGGGCCACCCCUCUGGACACGCCCCUUUUCACCAUUAUAGAAAGCAAAAUGACUUGUUUGUGGAAGUUGUGUUUCCUCUCUUAUUAGACGUGUAUUUUUUUUUUGUUGUUGUCCCAUCUGUUAAUAUGGAGGAGGCAGAGCAUAUGGCCUCUACUACAGCGAGUCAGCAGGGGGGGCUCUUAAUCUUUUGGCUUCACUGUUGCACUGUCCAUUUGUUUAUACAGUCUGUGGUAAGAACUGUGUACCGACAGCAGCGCAGGCGGCACAGAGCUUUAAUGAACAGUCUGUCAACAACAUGGAUUCUUUAAAUCAGUGAAAUACACUGAAUGCUUAUUGUGUUUUCAGAGAUCCACAGCUGCUGAGCUACCGGAUGCUACACGGGGAAAUAAAUUUGCUUAAAAACCUGCAAUGAGCAUCUUGCAUCCAGGAUCGUCCUUCCAAAGAAAUCCCCCUCGCAUGAACAGAUGCACAUGAGAGAGAACGUUUGUCUGCAUAAUGACGACUCCUUUAACACCUUUUUAUUCAACAAGCAUUAGUUUGUAUCCAUGAACAGUUUGUUAUGUGGUACUCUGAAGUCCUUCAGUUGUUAAUUUCAUGCCAAUCAUCGGACAUUACAGAGAGUCUGUUUGAUUUAACUCGACUCAGAGGCAGAAAAGAAAUGCAUUGAACCCUUUUUUGCACGUUAUGCACACCUGAGCUCCGUGUUGAACCUCCUAUCGACCAAAUACUUAAUGGACUGAUUCAUGAUUUUUUUUUUUUUUAAAUGUAGAUAACAUAUAAAUAUAUUCACACACAGACAUGAGUUCAUGAUAUGCACACAUCGUGUAUGUUUGUCCAGUGCACACGGUCCACCUCUACUCUGUUUUUCUGACUCGUUCCGUCUUUGUGCUUUGAGAUGAGAGGCGAUCAGACGUCCUUGACAAGUUUGCAGAUAAUGGUUAAUUGUUUGCCACACUUUGAAAAACUGUGACGUCAAGAAACUUUUCACUUUUCUGAUACAUUCAAUGAAACACAUUGAGAAACAGUUCUGAGUAUGACUUUAAAAAACUGAUUCAAAACAAAUACAAGCGCUCAACAUUUUCUGAAGUAAAUAAGACACGUGGUGUACUAAUGUGUGUGUGUGUGUGUCUGUAAAGAAGUUUUUAUGAAAUCGAUACAAAACAGAUGAAAAAACAUUUUUUUUUAACUGCACCGUGUUUCCUUUCUUUUUGAUUUCCUAUCUGGUUUUGUAUUUAUUGUUACAGUAUAUGUGUUCAUAAUUUUUUCACAUCAGCCGCUCUGUGAGCUCGUAACUGACACCUGUACAUAAAGAUGGUUAAGAAACAAAGUCUUACACUUCCUGUACCCUUACGGAAAGCUGAGCAAUAAAACUAUGCUGUUUGAACGUCACAGCAAUAUGUUUUAUAGAAA